AUGAGCGCCUACACAGCCGGCCUGAGGUCGCUCCUCCCCACCAUGGGCGUCAUCUAUGGCUUCCAGGCCGUCUGCGGUGCCGUCGCCGUCGCCUACAAGACCGAAAAGUACUAUGACCUCUGUGGCUCUCUGGGCUUCAUCUCAGCGACGGGCCUGUCGCUCUACAUGCCUUGGAUCCGCGCCAGGUUCAUCGACGGCACAAAGGUCCCCUUUCCUACUUCGCUCGCUGCCUUCCACCCUCGUCAGACGAUCAUGACCGGCCUCGCCAUGUUCUGGGCUUUCCGCCUCGGCACGUUCCUCUUCCAGCGCGUCAAGAAGUCCGGCGGCGACUCGCGCUUCGACGAGAUCAAGCAGAGCCCCGUCAAAUUCUUUGGCGCCUGGAUGAUGCAGGCCACCUGGAUCGCCGUCACCGCGCUUCCCAUCUACCUUGUCAACUCGGUUCCGCGCAAGGCACAGCCCCCUCUGGGCGCCCGCGAUUUCGCCGGCCUGGCCAUCUGGAUGGCUGGCAUGGGCCUCGAGGUCAUCGCCGACCGUCAAAAGUCGGCUUGGCGAGAAGCAAAGGAGGCCGGAAAGCACAAUGAAAAGUUCCUCUCCAGCGGCGUGUGGAGCUGGUCCAGGCACCCCAACUACUUUGGCGAGAUCUCGCUGUGGACGGGCAUGUACAUCCUGUCUACCACGGCGCUCACCAACGCUGGACCCUUUUACCCUACCUGGACGGUCGGCCUCGCCGCCGCCAGCCCCAUUCUCGAGUACUGCCUGAUCCGUUUCAUCAGCGGCGUCCCUCUGCUCGAGCAGGGCGGAGACAAGAAGUUCAAGGACGAGCCCAAGUGGAAGCAGUACAAGGAGCAGGUCCCCUGCUUUGUGCCCUUCAUCGGAAGCAAGAACUGA